AUAUAAUCCCCCCACUAUAUAGUUUGUUGGUCAGAAACAGUUCCAUAGCAAUAGCAUUUAGCAUCUUCCCCCUGGAUUCGGUACAACUCUGUGUUCUGUCGUCGAAAUUAAGGUUUCUACAUGGAGAGGAAUCCUUGUACUAGUGGGGACGACGAGCCCAUCAACCUGCCCCCGGGAUUCCGGUUCCACCCGACCGAUGAGGAGCUGAUAACUCAUUACCUGUCCCCGAAGGUUCUCGAUACCCGAUUCCGGGCCCUUGCCAUGGGGGAGGUUGAUCUGAACAAGUGUGAGCCUUGGGACUUGCCUCGGAGAGCUAAAAUGGGCGAGAAAGAAUGGUACUUCUUCUGCACAAAGGACCGGAAGUACCCGACCGGCUUGAGGACGAACAGGGCGACCGCAUCGGGCUAUUGGAAAGCCACCGGGAAGGACAAGGAGAUAUACAGGAUGAAGACGCUGGUCGGGAUGAAGAAAACGUUGGUUUUCUACGGAGGGAGGGCACCCAAGGGCGAGAAAACCGACUGGGUCAUGCAUGAAUAUCGACUCGAAGGGAGGUUCUCUGCACUUAAUCUUUCAAAACCGGCCAAGAAAGAGUGGGUGAUCUGCAGAGUUUUCCGAAAGAGUGCUGGUGGGAAGAAAAUACACAUCUCAGAUCUGUCAAGGAUGGACUCGGAAUUAAACCCGUCAGUCUUGCCUCCCUUAACGGACUCUUCUCCCUAUAACAACUCCGCCACCGAAGAGACGCGCCACCAUCACGUGACCUGCUUCUCCGAGUCGACCAAUCAUUCACAUGGACAUCCACAGGAAGACGCUAUUGAUGAUAGCAGCAACAAUGUGAGUGCUGCCGAUCAGCUAUUACCUUCUAAUUCGUCCGAGAGUUACCCGACUUCUCAAUCUCAGAAUUAUCUCGAAAACCAGGAUACUGCUCUGCUCCAUGACCAGUCCCUUGUGAGGAUGCUGCUUGAAAAUUAUGGGUCAACCUCAGCUGGGGCAAUGGACCUUGAUUUUCUUUGGAAAUAUUGACCCUUUACAUGAUUAAUGUUAUUAGGUUACAAUUAGAAAA